AUACUGUUCUUUCUUGAUUGACCGCACACCCUCGCGGCUGCCCGGCUGUUGCACCAGGCCAUAACUACUGCCGCUGCUGACACGAGUCUACCCUAUCACGCUUGUUUCUAGAUAUCUGAAUUACCCCAAACAUACGCGGCGCCUAGGGUACCGUUGCGUCACGGCGUCGCGGGAGAGCGACACGGAAUCGACUGGAGUCGGCCUGAGUCGCCGCAGAAGUUCGACCGGAGCCAUGCUUUCACAUGGGAGACGAGCGCCCACGCGGGGGAGAGGCACGUCCAUGCCCUUGCUGUUGCUGGCAGUAGCAGCGGCGGCAGUAUCACUCCGUGGCGCUGUGGCGGCGACUGCGGCGGUGGUGGACCCGGUCUCCUAUCUAGCCAAGGUGACCGCCCCCAGCUACCACGUGGCUGACGUGUGGGCGGCCUACACGCCCCCCGCCAACCACGACGAGGUGGUCAGGGCCGCGCCGGACACCUGGGAGGUGCUGCCCAAGGCCCUGGACAAGGCCUACCGCAACCCCUGCUGGACGGAUGAGUCGGGCCGAUUCCGCUGCAUGCCCUACUUCCAGAUCAUCGGCGUGUCCAAGUGCGGCACCACCGACCUGUACGGCAGGCUGCGGCGACACCCCGACCUGGCGGAUGGGGCCAAGGGCCCGCACUUUUGGGACGAGUGCCCCUACCCGCCCAAGGGCGCCUGCACCGCGCCGCCCAACGGCGACUUUGACGGCUACGUCAACCUGUUUGAGAAAGGCGCCAGCCAGAUCAAGGCCAACCCGCUGGCGAUUGUGGGUGAGGCCUCCUCCAACACCUACACCGGCGUGUACACCUUCGUGCGGGGCCUGGCCCGCCUCAAGACCAACGUCACACUGGCUCAGCUCAUCCACGCCGCACAGCCCUACCAGCGCCAGAUCAUCAUCAUGCGCGACCCCGUGUCCAGAUACUACUCCGCCUUCCACUACUACCGCCGGAAGCCCAGUGAGCCCUUCGAGGGCCCGGACAAGUUCCACGAGCGCGUGGAGCGGGACAUCAAGAACUGGAAUGCCUGUGUGUCUCGCCACAGCCAGCAAGAAUGCGUCAAGCGCUACGAGCCGCAGCAGCUGGUGAAGGGCAUGUACGCGGAGUUCGUGGAGGCCUGGGCGGCGGUGUUCCCGCGCGAGCAGCUGCUGUUCCUGAGGACGGAGGACUACAAGGCAGCGCCACGGGAGCACCUGCAGGCGGUGAUGAGGUUCCUGGGCAUGCGCGACCUGUCCGACACCGAGACCGACGGCCUGAUGAAGCUGCGCCGCUUCAAUGCGCAGAGCGAGAAGUACCCGCGCAUGUGGCCGCGCAGCCGCAAGCUGCUAGAGGAUUUCUACCGCCCCUUCAACGAGAAGCUGGCGCAGCUGAUGGGUAACGACCCCCGCUUCCUGUGGGCCGACACGUCAGCAAAGGCGGCGGCGCAGUACGCGGACGCAGCCACCGCCGCACAGGUGGCAUAGAUAGAUACUUGCGUUGCUAGAUGCGUAGCUAGGACAGAGGCAGGCCUAGCGUGGUGUGGCACCUGACGUGACACGUACGCCUGAGGAUAGGGUGAGGGCGGGACCCGGCUUCUGAUACUGAGGUGGCCCCUCAUGUGUUAUUAGUGGUAGAUGCAGAGUGGGCAGGUGGACGCGUUUGUGUGGUGGUGUGGUGUUUGCAUGGCCAGGAGCGUGCGCACUGCGAGAGGUGAACGAGGAGGCGGCCAUGUAAAUGGCUGAGGACAGCGGCAAUGAGCGAGGUGACAUGGCCUAACUGGGACGGGGUCUUAUGGCACUCGCGGAGGCUACCAUCCCUGUGGUAGUGCAUGCAAUGCAUCAGGCAUGGCCUUAUGGGCUGUAAGUGGCAGGUGAU